GCUGCUGGAGGACUCAGACCAGGAGGAACUGACUGGAAUUAGACACCAAAGAAGAAGAGUAUUGUACAAUAUUCCAGCAGGAUCUUUAAUUACUUCAAUCGUUUUUAAAAGUAUUUUUGAUGAUGGAGAGUGUGCGAGCCGUGGUCUACCUGUCUGUCUGUCUGUCCGUGCUGACAUCACUGUGCGAGGGUCAAAGGUCCCCCGACAGCAGGCUGCCGUCUGCCCCGGAUGAGCCCGCCAUCGGACUCACAACCAAAGAGCUGGCUGAAGCUCUGCAGGGUUUCCUGGAUGAAGCCGACAGCAGCGUCGGUCUCUCUGUGGAAAAGAAAGCCAGCGUCAUCCCCAGGUGUGAUGUGGGCGAGCGUUGUGCGAUGAAACACGGCCCUCGGAUUGGUCGGCUGUGUGACUGUCUGAGAGGAACGGCCUGUAACACUUUCUUCCUGCGCUGCUACUGAACACACACACAGACCACGGACUUCUAUACUUGUGAGGACAUAACCUCUGAGCCCUGAACGUCCCCACAAAGAUAGAACACACACACACACACACACACACCUGUCUCUCUGCAUGUUUCUGUCUUUGUUUUAAAGUUUCCGUGUCCGUCCCUCAGAUUCAUUUAUUUUUGUUAAAUAAAAGUUCUUCAUAAAGCUG